UCCACAGAAGCUUUGGAGUUCAUGAAACGUGACCUGGCUGAGUUCACUCAGGUGGUGCAGCAUGACACAGCCUGCACCAUUGCUGCCACAGCCAGCGUGGUCAAGGACAAGCUGGCAAGAGCAGAAGGUUCAGGUGCCACUGAGAAGGUCAGGAAAGGUAUCUCUGACUUCCUGGGUGUCAUCUCGGACACUUUUGCUCCCUCUCCAGACAAGACCAUUGACUGUGAUGUUAUAACUCUGAUGGCAACACCCUCAGGUACCACUGAGCCCUAUGACAGUGUCAAGGCUCGUCUCUACAGCCUCCAGUCUGACCCAGCCACCUACUGCAAUGAACCUGAUGGCCCUGCUGAGCUGCUCGAGUCCUGGCUGGCUCAGUUCAACCUGGAGGAGAAGAAAGGAGAGAUUGCAGAGCUGCUGGCAACCAGCCCUUCCAUCAGGGCACUCUACACUAAAAUGGUCCCUGUGGCUGUUUCCCACUCGGAGUUCUGGCAGAGAUAUUUCUACAAAGUGCAUCGCCUGGAGCAGGAUGAAGCCCGGAGGGAGGCCCUGAAGCAGCGAGCAGAGCAGAGCAUGCACCAGGAGGAGCCUGGCUGGGAGGAGGAUGAAGAGGAGUUCUUGGGGAUGUCUCCCCUGCCUUGUGCAAACAUCACAUUUCCCGAAGCAGCACAGAAGGAAUGUGCCCCGGAGGGAAACCAUCCCGCUGCUCCCAAGGGACCCUCCGAGGAGAGCUGGGCUGUGCUGCCCCCAGAGCUGGUCCCAGUGGAGCAGAGCCCCUCAGAGAGCAGUGAGAGUGUGUCCCUUGUGACUCAGAUUGCAAACUCUGCCUCUGUGCCUGCUGCACAGCUACAGACUGGAGCACAACCCACUGGGGCUGGAGACCUCACCCAGAGGCUGGUGGAAGCCACUUUGGAAGAGCAGAGCUCCCUGCCAAAGCUCCCAGACCCUGCUCAGCUUUCUGCACAGGAGUCAGCAGCAUCCUCAGAGCCAGUGGCUGUUACAGAGCUCAGAGAGGUGGAGGGCAAAGCCCAGGGCAGGACAGAGACUCUGAGAGAGGAAGGGCCGACAGAUCUACGAGUCUUCGAGCUCAACUCGGAUAGUGGGAAAUCAACUCCCUCCAACAACGGCAAGAAAGGCUCCAGCACAGAUAUCAGUGAGGACUGGGAAAAGGACUUUGAUUUGGACAUGACCGAGGAAGAGGUGCAACUGGCACUGUCCAAGGUGGAAAUGUCUGGGGAGCUGGAAGAUGAAGAAUGGGAAGACUGGGAAUAA